GAAUAUAUAGGGAGUAAGUGAAUUUACAAAGAAAAGGGUAUAGGGUAGGCCCAGCUCUUUAUAGAACAAUCAAAGUUUCAGGACAGUUUCCUAGGAACCUCGAGUUUUCUUCAUGUAUUAUUUAUUGUUUAGUACACAGAGGUGACCAGCAUUGGAAUUUAUCUGACCUUAUUGCCUGAAUUUUUUUUCUAGGUUAGUACCUAUUUGCAAUUCAAGGAGAAUACAGGAUAGAGAAGAAAGUAGUGAAUGAAUUUCAUUUGAUUUGGAAUAGAUUGGACACUCUAAUGGUCUUGCCUCUCUACAACCUCUCUUCCAUAUGACCUCUAAAUGUUGAAGUGCUUCAGGAAUUGUCUUAGACCUUCUUCCUUAUCUACAAUUCCUCUCCAAUAUGAAAUUCUCUUCCCCCAGCUGAUGUCAAGCCUAGUUCAUUUGCAUUUUUGGCAUUUCAGCUCAACUGUCAUCUCAGUGACCAGUUUUUAUCUGAGCAUGAAUCUUGAUGGCUCUGCACAAGAUCCUGAAGAGAGGGAAGGUUCUUCUGUCUGUGUUGGCAGAGAAGAUGACAUUAAAAAAUCUGAAAGAAUGACAGCUGUUGUCCAUGAUAGAGAAGUGGUCAUUUUCUACCACAGGGGAGAAUAUCAUGCCAUGGAUAUUCGCUGUUACCACUCAGGAGGACCUUUGCAUUUGGGAGAUAUAGAGGAUUUUGAUGGACGACCGUGUAUAGUUUGCCCCUGGCAUAAAUACAAAAUUACUUUGGCAACAGGAGAAAGUCUGUACCAGUCUAUAAACCCUAAAGAUCCAUCAGCAAAACCCAAGUGGUGCUCCAAAGGAAUAAAGCAAAGGAUUCAUACAGUGACAGUAGACAGUGGGAAUAUUUAUGUGACUCUUUCUAAUGAACCUUUUAAGUGUGACUCUGAUUUUUAUGCCACUGGAGACUUCAAAGUAAUUAAGAGUUCUUCCUGAACAAAAAAUAUGUAGCAAUGAAAAAUAUUGUGUAUGCUUAAAAACAUUUUUAGAAUAACUCUGCUUUAGUUUUAAAGGUGAUGAUUUUUUUCAAUGUAGGCAGAACAAUUUAAAAAUUAUAUAAAUUUGAGAGGUUAAAGAGCAUACAUACUUAGUAUGAUGUAAGGAUUAUCAUCAGGAUCAAUAGAAUACAUUUUGUCUAAUCCUCUGGAUUAAUUAGAAGCUGAAGGUUAUAGGUUUGGGAUGUUCUGUUUAAGAAGGAUGAAAAUAAAUUUGUAGUAAACAAAAUAAAUAAUGUGUAAAAAUUAAUGUUUAGUCAGAAAAAAAUUUUUAAUUUAAAAAAUUUAAUUUUUAAAAUAGGAAAAAAUCCCUGUUUGACAUAGUAGACUUAAUUCUGGAAAAGUUUUAAUAUAUACAAAGUAAACAGAAUAUAUAAUGAACUUCCAUCACUCAGCUCUAACAGUUAUUAGCAUUCUUCUAUUCUUUUUUUAUUUAUACCUCUAUGGAUUCCCUACCUCUCCUAUUUGAUUGUUAUUUUUAUAUUUUUGGGUAAAUUUUAAAUACAUUGAAAUGUUCAAAUCUGGACUGUACAAUUCUCCCAAAUAAUAUAGCAGACUCUUUAUACUUAAAAAAUGCCUCCACAAAUGAGCUAAGUUUACCUGCCAAACUUGAAAAUAAGAAACUUAACCGCUGUGCUAGACAUUAAAACCAAAUAAACCUUGGGUUAGUUUCUCUAUGAUCAAGGCAGAUCUUGAAAUAAGGAAGCCACACACAGCUGCUGUUGAGCCAUUGGAAAUGUAAAGUCUCCUAUUCAAUGAGCCAGUGUACUUUGAAUGCCUAUAUGAAAUUUUCAAAUAAAGGUUUUCAAAUUUUUUUUAGAACUUUGUGAAUAUAUGCACAACUAAGUGUUUCCUAUAAAUGUUUUAGAGAGGAAAUCUAGGGUUCUAUUCCUUGGAGUUACCAGGCAAGGCUGAUGUUCAGUUGGUUCACCCUGGUUUUCUCAUGUCAGUUAUCUGUGGUAAGUACUGUUCUGUUGCCUGGUGCUAUUAUACUGGUUGUUAUGUAUUUAAAAUAACGCCCCGAGCAUCCACCAUAAAAAUCAGCAGCACAUAGUUUUAAUUUUUGCAUGGUCGGUGUUCAUGCAAAAAUCACCAUUAUUUGGGACAAGAAGUAGCUAAAAUGAGUAGACGAUGAAUUCAGAGUGAAAAGAACUGUUUGUCAAGAUUGGAACCUAGUCUCAAAGAACAGUAAUAUUUUUAGUGGACUGGAAUUAAAAUAAGAAUCUAAACGUAAUACUUAACAUUCUAAGGGGCCCACCUGGACUCUUUCCCUUGGUUAUUAUAAAAGUAGUAAAUUAAUAAGGUCUGUAUGGUAAAGACUCUGCUUAACAGGGACCUUUGCUACAUAUUAUCACACUUCCUUUUCUGUUGGAGUAUGGGUAGCAUAAGUAGCACUUGGUCCUCAUUUCUCAGACAACCAAUGAGCCAGACUUGGGCUUUGUAUAGAUACUAUUUAUGGUAGCAGCUACUCACUAAGUACAGAAAAUGUCCUAUCUCUCAGGAAGGUUUCUAAUCCUUCAUCCCAGAAGGAUUCAAUCAUGUGAUAACCCUUCAAUGCUCAGUCAGGUCUUAACACGUGUCCAGAAUGGAAAGUGUAUAGAAGAAAUCAAAGUACUUUCUGCAGCCAAAAACUGUAGCCCUGGUUUGCAGGAAUAAUUACAGAAAUAUCUUCUCACAAAAGCCACUGGCAAUAGUGAGUAAUGUGCACUUGAAUUUUCAUUCUAAAUUUGUAUCUCUAAAUCUAGAAAUAAAAAAAAUCAUAUCAUGUCCUGUCUUCA